AUGCCUGUGUUGGUCGCUUUGACGUCGAUCACAAAUUCGUUUCUUGUGAUCGUUCUUUCGCAGAAACAUCUACGCACUCCAACCAACUAUGUUCUUCUCGCUAUGGCGGUCACUGAUUUACUAACAGGGUUAACGUCAGUUCCAUGGUUUCUUUACUAUUACACACUGAGGGGAUACACGAUUGACGAGAAGUGGGGUCUGGAGCCGUUUUGGUGUCAUGCACAUCCUUAUCUUUCGCAAAUGAUACCAACGAUUUGGCAUACGGCUGCCAUAUGGCUCACGGUAUUCCUGGCUAUUCAACGCUACGUUUACGUGUGUGUACCGAGCAGUGUGCACCGAUACUGUACACCGAGGACGACCAAACUUUGUAUUAUGACCAUUGUCUGCUUGGCGGUCGUCGCCGAAAUCCCCGAAUUAUUUGGGAAAUAUAUGGAAUCGCGAUACGAUGGCGAUCGUGCAAUAUGUAACCUUCAUUAUGCGCCAUGGGUACUCGAGGUGCUUGGCGUGCAGUUGUUUUACUCGAUAUACUAUUGGUUUCGUGUCAUCUGCGUUCAUGGAAUACCCUGUUUUAUGUUACUGAUUUUCACAUGUAAGUUAUCGACUACGAUAAAAGCGGCUGAAAUCCGGAAAAGGAGUUUCAUUACGAACAGUGCAGCCGAUCAGUGGUCGUCGGUCGAACAGAGACGGAGUUCGGUUGCCACGGGACCCGGCCGGUCGCUGUAUGCGACCAAUAGGAUGCUUUCCGUUAUCUGCUCUGUAUUUCUGAUGCUAGAGGUAAGCAUUGUUGAGGUACGGUAUUGCAGCGCUAGUCGCGAUUGUGGAUAUCGGAGAAUCCUCAGGAAAAUUAUACUAUCUGCUGCAGGAUUUAACAGCUCUUACGCAAGCACUUCUACAGCAUAA